GUUCAAGGCUAUUAGACCUUGAGGGGGGCUGGGCGGGAUUUACUGUUAUUGUGUACUUUCCAACUGUACUCCUAUAAAUGUCGAUCAAAGGUGGGGAUCGGUUGACUUAUUUUAUGGCUCAUGUCCGGGACUUCCUUAUUGGAAGGGAAUAUAAUAAUUCUCUUAGAUAUGCUGAACAAUGCUCUAAACGGACUCAACCACCUGCUUAUCUUCCCAAUGGCAUAAAUGACAAGAUAUCACAUAAUGAUUACUUUGCUCGAGAUGGGCGACGCGGAGUUAAGAAACCUGUUGAUAUUUAUGCUUCUGGCCUGAAAAGGCUUGAAGCUGGGUCAGAGUCUAAACAUCCAUAUGCUCUAUCCAAGUCGGUUGGUGUCGUCCCGGGACAAAAGUUUAACUGGGACAAACCAGUAGAAUUGGAAUGA